UGAUCACAGGGACAGCCCGAGUGUCCUACCGUGGGAGGAAACUCUGCAGCGGUCCUCAUUAACAUUCCCUGUCCGUAGACUCACCUCCUUUUUAGUGGGUGGCACCGGCGUCCUGCGCGCGUCUUUAAUUACGCACCACGCACUGAACCAAGCACCGCGGAUCAGCCCACUUUCAUCACCGUGCGGCGGAUCACGCUGCCUCGAGGCGGAGAGUUUCGCCUUCAUGAGCCGCUAUUUACGGCGUCGAGUCUGAGUGGAAAAGGUGGGCGCACACACACAGUCCCACGGGUCCGGCAAAGGGUGGCGCCGUGCCGUGCCGUGCCGUGCGCAGCUUCAUCCACUGUGUCCGGGUACCCCCACGGCGACGCGCUCUUCUCCUGCAGUCCGCUGGUUCCUAUCCGUGCAGAAGCUUUAUGACUGUGACAUUUCUCCGUGUGGACUUCCAACAUGUGCGAGUGGACGGUGUGAAGUGUGACACGGCGGCGUUUGGCUUACAUUUGUCUCGGAUACGCCAAGUACCCGACCACACGGCGCACCUUGUGCAAUAGAGAACCAUGAGCACUGUGGAGGAGGAGCCGGACUACAUGAUACCAUGAAGACAAGCCUGCAGGUCCUGCGCUGCCAGCUGCUGAGUGUCCUAGCAUUCCUAGCACUGCCAGUAGGUCUGGUGUCAUCAGCACAGGAGCUGUACCUCCAGACAUCACAGGACUCUGUCUCCAUGGCAGCCGCCCACAGCAGCCCCCUGUCUACCCCCAAACAUUCCCACCCGGACUGGCAUCAUGAAGGUUCCAGUAGUGGGGAAUGGACAUCCACAGGAGGCACUCAGCCGUCAAACAUCCUCCUCCCUACUGUGGCCUGGCUUCACAUGACGCCAAUGUCCAGCUUAGCUCAUAAGGAAACUCCCACUCAUGACACAAAUGUUGUCACCCCAACCACUGUGAGCACCGCUAGCACCAAACUGGGUCUUACGUUGGAAAGCCGUGUGAUUCUGCCCCAGGAGCCGAGCUCUGAUAGUGUAAGCCAAGGCCACAUGCACAAACCGGUCGUGGUACCUCUAGUCCAUAACCCAGUUACUGUCAGUAUUAACCAGGCCAACAGCAACAGCAGCCCCAAAUAUCCCAGCACAGACGUCCCAAAUAUAGAUGUGGACUCAAACCCCCUGGCUCUUCUGUCCAACUCUGGAUCAGACAGAGGAGAUUCAACGGGACCCGAGCCACAGCAGACGAGUCUGGAGGAACCCACCAAUCUGCAGCCCUCGUCCCUGUCCUCCUCCUCCAUGGAUGUCAACCCUGCACUAGGCCUGAGACUCAGGGAGCACACUCGGGGCAUCCCAGAGCUGGUAGCACACCACGCCAUCACCCUGAGGGAGGUGCAUACCGACAUUAGUGAGCCACCCACUGAUCAGCUGGUGAUAGAUUUGAAAGAAACCUCUCCAGCAAAUCUAACUUCCACUGUGCCCGCCUUAGCCCCCUCCACGAAAACCAGCCCCAAGGUCUUGAAUUCAACUGUUACCCCAAACAUCAACAGCACCACAACCAACGAGACGACUACUGAAGAGGGCCACAGCCAAUCUAAUGGCACAGCCAAUGCCUCCCUUGGACACUGGUCAGGGAAUGCAACUGCAUAUGGGGGGCUACUCUCAAAUUCCAGUUCAGUUGACUCUGAUCAUGGGAACAGCUCGGAGUUCCCUUCCACAGCCAGUGGGAACUUCCUAAACAGGCAGGUACCAGCCACCACCCAGGACCCUUGGACAGCUGGAAACAGCUCUGGGCCUACUGUCGACUCUCCGUCGUCACACAUGAAAAUUUGCCUGAGCAGGAUGGACAUUGUUUGGAUUGUGCUGGCCAUCAGCGUGCCUGUAUCGUCAUGUUCUGUUCUGUUGACUGUGUGCUGUAUGAGGAGGAAGAAAAAGUCGUCAAGUCAGGAGAACAACCUCAGUUACUGGAACAAUGCCAUCACCAUGGACUACUUCAGCAGGCAUGCCGUGGAGCUGCCCAGAGAGAUACACACUUUGGAGAGCGAGGAGAAGGAAGCUGAGGAGCAUGACACCUGCCUACCCCCUAAUGGAGACUACAGCGGCAGCAGCGUGGUCCUGGUUAACCCCUUCUGCCAGGAGACUCUCUUUAUCAACAGAGACAAAGCUUCUGCCAUCUAGAGACAGAAAAAAAGGACCGAACUGUUGAAAAUAACUGCAUUCCCCUCUCCUACUCCCCCUGCUGUUGCUGUCUAUUUUAUAUAUACAUAUAUAUAUGUGGCAAAUAUUCAGAGACUUCAACUUUAUACUGUAUAUUACAAACACAAAGAGCAACCAGAAAGAAGAGUGAUGUAAACAGACACUAUUUACUAUGACAAUGCACCUGCAUAUUUUUCUGAUGUAAAUUUUCUACAAAGGCUUAAUUGUGAUAAAAAGGUUUUUAUGUCUUUAUAAAAUACAGAGUAUAUGUGGUUUUGUUUCAUUACAGUGGCUUGACAGUGAGUGCACUGUGGACGUUGCCACAUGAAAUCUGCUUUAGAGAAAGAGAAAGAGAGAAACAUGCUAUGAAAACAUUAUAGCUGUUCUUUGUCAUUUUAAGAUUUCCUUUAAGAAUGAACCCCAAAUUAACUAUAGCCUGUUGAACUUGAAUAUAUGUACUCAGAGGGUGGAGGGAUAGAGAUUUUAUCAAAAUAAGAGGCUGGAUUGAUGCAGUCAGAUUUGAGUAAUGGUGCAUCUGUCAAAUGACUUACACUGGCUUUCCCCCUCAUGUGUCACCAGCUUCUCUUUAAGAGGGACCACAUAGAUGUCUUAAUCCCUUAUGUUAAAUUGCUUUGCCCCUUUAUACAUUAGUAAGUAUGUAUGAAUAUCUACCUGCCUUUACUGAAUGUGGACGGCUGUGUAACGGACUGCGUGGGUGUGAGGAUGAACUAUUUGAUUUGUGCUGCCCCCUUUAACCAAAUAUGACUCUUACUUUAAGUCAAACAAGACUUUGUAUCCAUUAGACUCAGUUUUAUCUGUUUGUCUUUGUUUGUUUGUGUGUGGGUGUUUGUGCCUCUGUCGGUUUGCCUGUCUGUCUUUGGAUCUCCUGUCUAUAUCGUGGACUGGUUACUUAUUGUAGCCCGGUUUUAAAAUGACUUUCUCAGUGCUGUAGAAAACAAUUAGACCAAUGUUGUUACUGUGUCUCCCUCCAUAAGUAACGUGUUUGUUCAUCAGUGCAAAUGUGCAAAUGGUGAAUUAGUUUCCUGACCACUUAAGAUGUGUUAGAGACAUUUUAAAGUACUGAGAUGAAUAAAGUAUGAUGAAUAUUUACUGUGAGCACAUACAGAGGUGGGUUACUUGCAAAGGUGUGUUUGAAUGUUUUUCGUUUUAAUUACUGAACCUGUGGUCCUUCUGUCAUCUGUUUUUCUUUGCAUUGCUGCAGUUUUAUCCAAUAAUCGAUGCUGCCUGCCUCUAUCGUUGCUCAAGGUUUUCCGCAUUGUGAGAUGUUGUUCAGAAAAUCACUGAUUGACAAAGUGAUGCUGAAUGACAUGGUUGAACAUAUUGAUAUUUCCUGCGUCGGAUGCUCACAGCUGAGCUUGUUGUUUUGCACGCUCAAAAGUGGAUAUUUUAAAAUGUUCAGUGGCACGGUGGAGCAGUGUUCAACAUUAUGUAUUUUUUGUACUGUAGUAUACACUGUACUUUUUACUGCUGAGCAAUAAAACAAAACAAUGUG